AGUACUGUGGAACACUCUUUCCAAAAACCGUGUUGCUUGUUUAUCAGUGAUCAAAACUGGUGGUGAUGACUGCCUUCAAAUAGUCCCUUGUUGAUAUUGCACACAUCGACCACUAAAAGUAAUAUAACUCUGAUUAUGAUUGAGUACAUUUCGCUUUUAAUCGCGUCAAACCUUUGGUGACACUUGUGUAGCCUACGUGCGUGCAUGGCGGGCAGAUUUUCUGCGGAAGUCGAUUUGACAACAACAGCACGGGGGGCUGACGGGAAGAGUGCACUGUAAAAAUGGCGUCUCCUAAAACUUUACCUAAAGAUGCACAGGUCAUGAUGCAGAUAUUGAAAGACAUGGGUGUCACGGAGUACGAGCCUAGAGUCAUCAAUCAGAUGCUGGAGUUCACCUAUAGAUAUGUAACAACCAUCAUAGACGAUGCCAAAAUAUAUUCCUCACAUGCCAAGAAGUCAACUGUUGAUGCUGAUGACAUACGGCUAGCCAUUCAGUGUCGAAUGGACCAGUCUUUCACUUCGCCACCACCACGCGAUUUCCUCUUGGAAGUAGCUCGACAGAAGAAUCAGACUCCGCUUCCCCUCAUCAAGCCCUACACGGGUCCCCGCCUGCCUCCGGACCGCUACUGCCUAACCGCGCCAAACUACAGACUCAAGUCCUUGCAGAAAAAGGUGACGUCUUCGGCGGGGAGAAUUACUGUACCACGACUUAGUGUUGGAGCCGUCAGUAGCAGACCCAGUACCCCUACACUAGGCACUCCUUCAGUCCAGACUGUGGGAUCCAAAAUGGGGACGCCCGUGUCAAUAACGGGCCAACGUUUCACAGUUCAGAUCCCCUCUUCGCAGGCCUCCACUGUCAAGUCAGCUACCCCAUCUACGCCCACAGUCCAGAAUGUCCUCAUCAACCCCUCCCUCAUAGGCUCCAAGAACAUCCUCAUCACCACCAACAUGGUGUCCCAGAACUCGGCCGCAGACUCGGGCUCGCUCAAGAGGAAACACGAGGACGACGAUGACUAUGAUAACCUCUGACCUUGAAAUGUCACCUUCAGAAAGGGCGUUUAACAAAAAGAAAAGCACGCAAACACACACACACGUUUUGUACAUGGUUUCCUAAAAGAUGGCUGGCUGGCUUUACACCCUGAACUGUUUAGAAGAUUAUGAUGCUUGAAAUGGGAAAAGUCUUUGUUUAUUGAUAUUUUGCUCCGAUUCUGAUGACUGUAAGUGCUUGUGCACCUGCUAUUUAGACCCAUUUUUUGUUUUGUAUAAAUAAAUUUUGGAAGCAAAAAGAAAAAAA